GCGCAGGUACGGAACUGAAACCGGGGAAGAUAGAACUCGUGGCCUCAAAAUUCAGCCUGACGCCCACUGCUUCCAUGGCUGCCCUGUAGCCCUCACGAUUACUAGCGUUGAAUCAGCUCUCAGAGCAGCUUCAUGGCCAGCGCUCCAAUGGCAGCGGCGAGCUCUGCUUCGCCGGCUUCUUCUUCCUCCUCCAUCAGGUUCAGCUCCUUCUCUUACCCCUGCACCAGCGCCCGGAGGCCGCUCUCCUUCCGGUACUCUGUCCCGGGCCUCUCUUCCUCCCCCGAUGAGUCGCCGCAGAAACCCUCCGUUCGUGUCUCGGCGAGCCCCAGCAGCACUAAGGCCCGGUUCCUUGCCCGCCGCAGAGAGUCAGUCUCCGUGAAGCAGCUCGGACGCCCUCUGAGCGAGUACAUGAGCUUGCCGGCGAGCCAGUAUUCGGUUUUGGACGGGGAGAGGAUCGAGAGGGUGGACGAAAACACUUUCAGGUGCUAUGUUUAUCGGUUCAAGUUCUUCGCUUUCGAGGUUUGCCCCGUUCUGCUCGUUAGAGUGGAAGAGCAGCCCAGUGGAUGUUGCAUUAAGCUCUUGUCUUGCAAGCUCGAGGGUUCACCAAUUGUUGCUGCGCAGAACGAUAAAUUUGAUGCUUCCAUGGUGAACAAUAUAUCAUAUGACACCACCCGGAACAACUCAUCAGUCCAACGGCUCACUUCUGAGACAUCCAUCGAGGUCAGCAUUGAUGUCCCCUUUGCAUUUCGAGCAAUCCCAGUACAAGCAAUUGAAUCGAGUGGUGCUCAGGUCCUUGAUCAAAUACUAAGGCUCAUGCUUCCACGCUUCAUGGCACAGCUCGUGAAAGAUUAUCAAGCAUGGGCUUCAGGUGAUACAUCGAGGCAGGCUUUGGGAACCGGUAAAAUUUGACCGCACAACUGCAAUUUUCACUCAAUAUUUUGCGUACGAGCCAAUCAAAUGUUAAAAUUUGGUACCAGCUUUGGAAGUUAGUAGGCUCCAAGUAUCGUUCUGUUUGGGGCCAAAUCAGAAAUCAAGUGAAAAUUAGUUUCUCACGGCACCAGCUCUUUUGUUCUUGAAUGUAUGUAUGUGUUAGGAGAUGUUCUUUUCGCAACGAAUGAUGGAAAUUUGUUUAUUUGGUUCAAGAAAAGCAAAUAACUGUCGUUUAAUGAAGAUGGAUUUGUCCCUCAGAAAGUUGUAUUA